AUGUUGCCUGAGAUGGAAGAUUUAUUCCUCGAGACCAAGAAGGCAAUAAUUUGGUCAUUCCUUACCAUUCAUUACAGAACAUAUUGUGGAAAGCCCAAGGUCCCAGUGCCCUGGAGCAACAUCAUGAAGGGGCAGUUCAAAUUUAUCUCCAGCAUAUACCUACCUGAUGAUACCAAGAUCUUGGAGCCAUCCAAAAUGCUCCACACUGAUGCCAAUGCAAUCUUGGACUUUUGGUGGGACCGACAGGAAACCCAGGAUGAAUCUUAUGGCGAUGCUGAUGAUCUGAGUUCCACCAAGCGACCCUACAUCAGUUCAACUGAGGACAAAUCUGACAAGACCAAAGCAGGGGCAUCUCUGCCUGCAGUUGAACAACACCUGCAUGGCCGCACAAAUGCUGAAGACACUGACCGGUUUGAUGAUCGACCGGUGCCAAAAGCUUUGGCAAGCGCACCAGAGGUCAUGAAGACCAACCAUCAGUCUCCUCAAAUGCCAAUGCCAGCCAUAAACCUUGCCCCAAACCCUGCACGCUUGGUCCCGGACAUUGCCCUUGAUGGGCUUACCAUCAUUUGUGGACUUGUCUCCCUUCAACGCCCAUUCCUCAACCUGGAGCUCACCGUUGUUGAACCAUCCUUCAAACCUGGUGCUGGCAAGUCCUUUCUCCUCUCCCGCUUCGCAGACGACACCUACACUGAGAGUUAUAUCAGCACUAUUGUCCUGUCUCUGGUGAGUAUGAAGCUUUUGAAGGUCUAUCAAUGCAAGUUGCUUCCUUAUCACAUGUUCGCUAUGUUGAUCCUCGCACAAGGCAUGAUCACAUCGAACUUCAAACUGAGCAAUGGCACAACCAAAUCAACUGAUUGUGAUGGAAUGCCAAGCAUUGCAGAUGCUGCCCCAGCUGUUGAGGGUAGUGAUUGGCUGUCACUGACUGGUAUUGACCUCGUUGAUUUGUUUGGCAUCCUUUUACGAAAUCAUUACAGAGAAGCGCUAACUCUCAUACAUGAAGUCUCCACUGAAGUGUCGGCUGUUAAACAAGCUCUCAACCUGACUGAUGCUGACUUUGCUCAGUUCCAUACUGAUGAAAGAUCCUACCUCAAAUCUCUGAAAGAGCAGCCUCUCAAUGACAGACUUCAAAUUCGCUAUGUCAAGGUUCUUGAUGAUCUGGCUGAACAGCGGUUAGAAUGGGAGAAGGCCUAA